AUGUCUACUCCACCGGAAUCUCCAACUAAAGCUCACUUGCCAGGUACUGUUUUGGUUGCUGAUGAGCCGCAAUAUCUACCUGAAACUCAUCUACACGACAAGCCAGAUGUGCUGAAAUCUGUGCCUGAAGCUAACCUCCACAAUAAAUCAGAUUUUGUGAAAGAUCUAAUGUUUUGGCGAAAUAAGCGUCUGAACGUUCUAGUUUUACUGGUAACAACAGCAACAUGGGUGGUGCUAGAAAUCUAUGGAUACAAUUUCAUCACUGUAGCUUCUUGGGUGUCCAUGGCACUUGUGUCUUUCAUGUUCCUUUGGGGCAGUACUCACAGGAUCCUCAGAAAAGAGGAUCCAGACCUGUCAGGAAUGGAAAUUAGCGAGCAGUCAGCCAUGGAGUCUGCAAAGCUACUUCGAGAACAAGUCGAGAAAAGUGUUCGAUUAAUAUUUUGUGUUGGUGCAGAGAAAGAAUGGUUUGUGUUUGCCGGGGUUGUUGCUUGUCUGUAUGCAAUGUCCUUGGUAGCAAACUGCUUUGAUUUGCUUACGCUUUGCUACAUUGGUGUUGUAGGGGGGUUGACUGUACCUGUGAUUUACGUGAAAUACGAGCAUAAAAUAAGGGAAUAUGGAGAAAGAUUCAAGAUGAAACUACAAAGAUUGCAUAUCAAGAUUGAGGAGAUUAUGCAGAAAAUGAAGAAAAAGAUGGCUGGAGAACACAGAGAGAUGAAAGAGAAGAAGAUGGAGUAG